AUGAUACCUCCCCCGUCUGUCCACCUCUGUGGCUCUCCUAGACAGUCAUGCCUGCUCAGGGUUCUCCCCUCCUCCACAGAGGCUCCCACCAGCAUCACCAUGAAGCAGGUGCCCAAACCCGACUCAGACCGGUUCAGACAGCCCCGGGGCAGCCUGUGCGCCCCUGGUGGCCGCAGACCCGAGGCCCGACGGCGAAGGGGCGCAGCUCGGGGACCCGCUCCCGCCCCGCCGCCCCCUCCCGGCUCAGCGCCCCCCCAGCCGCCCCGCCCCGGGUGCCCCCCUCGGCCGCCCCCGCAGCCCCUCCCGAGGCCGCGUCUCCCCCGCGGGGUGACUGGGAAGGGAUCUGCCGGCGCGGGAAAGAGGGCAGAGAAGGGUGAAGUCAUCAGGGCUGCGGGAGGCCGCGUGGGGCACGGGGGGAGCUUCGGCUUCUGUGGAAACGGCCGGAGAACGGGAGUCCAGGGGGCGGCUGAGGAGAAACGUUCCCCGGAGAGGCGGCUCCGAGGGCGUCGCCGGGGGCCGAGCGCGGCUGCCGCUUCCGGGGCGCACACGGGGCGAAGGGCGGCGCGGAGCGGAGGCCUCGCGGGCCCGGGGCGGCGACCCCCGAGGAGGGAGAGGGGCGCGCUCGGCACCCCCACAUCCGAGGGAGGAGCGGCCUCGGCGGGGCCCGUCUCGCCCUCGCCCUCCGCAGCCCGGAGCCGCGCAGUUGGCGGAUCCCCGCGCUCCCCUGAGAUGCGGCCUCGGGAAGGAGAGACCAGGUGUGGUCGGACCCGCGACGCCGACGGCGCUGACGGUGUUUCCCGCUCGCUGAGCUCCGGGGACGCGCGGAGUCGGCGCCUCGUUCUCUCCCUGCAGCUCCUGAGCGACGGGACCGCCCCGUGGAAACGGGACACUGAAACCAUAAGAGACCUGAGAAAUGAAGUCUUGCAAGACUCGAGGCCAGUCCAAGUUGAACCAGAGUGGGCAGAAGACGUCUUCAGGAGAUGGAAACUAUACGUGCUGGAUUUAUGGAAGCGUGCUCAUCAGGACUUCUGGAAUGUUCGGUCUGGAUCUGCAACCUGUGCAUUCUUAUUGAUGGAGCCAGGGGCAGCCAAUCCCAUGAUUAAGAGGCUUCAUCUGUGCUCGGAGAGUUGAGCAGCUGUGCGUGGACGGGCGAAAUUGGGCUAGGGAGGCUCGGGCGAGGCUGAAAGAGUCGGUUCCAGAAAGAUGCGUCCAGACUGAGGGCCUCGCAGACCUGGGGACCAGGCCCCAGAGGAGCUCCCAGCCAGGUGCUUGGCCAUACUGCGUGGAGGGCCUGAACUGCAGGUGCAGGUAGCUAUGCCUCUGUCCCCCGGCUCCUGCGUGUGCCUUGCACCCCGAGAUCUCUCCGAGGGAAAGUAGGUUUGGAUUGGGGGACUGCUAGUCCCCAGCCCAGGGCUUUCAGGG